UACUGCAGUCAGCUGAUCUUGCACCUGAUGAGUGAGUGAGUUCUCUGUCAUUUUGGCAAAAGGCAAUCACAUGAUCAAAUUCUGAAUUUGGGUUUGGCUUUUUGGUUAUAACAGAUUCUCUGUUAUUUACUAGUAUUUUUAAAUUUUUUAGGAAUUUCAUCACCAAAAAUGGCUAUUUGCGGGCCCAAACUUUCACUUUGUGGAGUUAUUAUCAGCAUUUGGGGCAUGAUCCAAUUGGUAAUUAUGGGCGUAUUCUAUUCUAUGCACGCUGUCGCGCUCGCGGAAGAUCUUCCCAUAGAAGAAACGGACGAAUUUGAAACCUCGAAAGACUUCUACUCAGCGGCUGAAAAAGGAUUUCAGCUUAACGCCAUGAACUGUUGGAUAGCCGCCUGCCUCUACCUCUUCACAUUCCUAUUUUCCUCGUAUCAGUUCUAUUUGAACGGCCGCACAUCGAUAUAACUUUAAUUAGAUAAGAAUUCAGAGUUUAUGUGAGAUUUUCGGAAUAGAUAUUGCAAUACCAGUGUUGUUGUCUUAUCCUGUCCAGCGUUUGUGCAACUUUUAUUUUAAACCUCCAUGAUACUACAGAAUAUAGGACUAGUUGAAAAUUUCUUUGUUAUUCAGAAUAAGAUGGGAAAAUAACGUAGUGUAAAUCAUUCCAGUGGAGAAGCUGAUGAAGAUUCAGAAGUUUUUUGUGAAAAUUUAUGGAAAAAUUUGUGAUUUUCAUUUUCGGGAACAGAAACUGUAAAACAGGUGUCAUACAUGAUUUUUAAAUUGAAAGUUAGAUUUUCUCAUAAAUAAAUUAGGCCUAUCAAGUUACUUACCUGAGAAAAAUCAUUUAGUUAGAGAAACUUGAUUGUGGAAAUCAUUAGUGUUCAUUACCAUUGAAAAUGUUAAUCAUCAUAAUAUUAUAAAAGCAGCUCUGUCAAUAAUAAUUCAUCUUCCCUGGUGAUAGUAUCAAUUAAUCUUAUAUCAAGUUCAUACAACUUAAAUGUAGUUUUAAAUGUUACUUAUUUUAACUAUGUUAAUUCUUCGAUGUGUAAAUAUUUUUAUCUUGCUCUUGAAGAUUAGUAUGCUGUUUACAGGUCUAUUGUUCUGUGUAUAUUGUAAAAAGUGUAGGAGAUAUGUGUCAGUUAUGAAUUAAACCAUUACUAUCGAAU